AAACGAUAACUGAAAUAACAAACAGUUUAUGCGGAUAUUGCAAAACGAACGGUACGUUUGUGCGGAAUGCAAGUUAUGAUAAAAUUUAUUUAACGUUCUUUACAGACGGGUGUCUUUUAAAAGAUAAUAAAAAAAAAGAAUUGCAAAAACAAAAAAAAUAAUAAUAAACCAAACAAAAAUAGUUUUAAAGCAAACAAAAUAAAGAUAAAAUACAAAACAAACCAGAAGUUAUCUAAAAGCAAAAUGUAUGAAAAAAAAAAUCCUAAAGAAAAAGUAAAAUAAAUAUUUUGAAAUUAAUACAAAUAAAAGUGCAUUAACACUUUUGUGCAGUGUCUGUGGGAAUUCAAAAUUUAAGUGUUGUGAAAAUACAAAAGGAAAAAAAUAAAAUUAAACAAAAUCAACCAAUUUCUAAGAAUUAAGAAAAAAGAUUUUGAUGUUUUAUAUAUCUCUCUAAAUGGCUUCAUAAAUUUUAUAAAGGAACCAUAAAAAGGAUAACAUUUACUAAAACAAAGCGAACCCACAUGCAAAUAUUUCUAAUGAUAAUUAUUAUUUUGAUGAGCCCUUUUUCAACUCCAAUGAUAAGUACCACAAAUUAAGAACAAGACCGCACAUUCUAUUUAAAAGCAGCAACAGCAGCAACAAUAGUCCUUCCUACCACAGUAAUCAGGGUGUGAUGAUGUUAGAGUGUUAAGGAUGAAAAGCAGUUUUUUUUUUCUCAUAACUAAAAGGACUCUCAGCUAAACAGGAUGUUUAUAUGAGUGUUUAUAACAAGCACCUGUCACUUGGCGGCACUCAACUCAGUUGAACUGGGAAUUUUUUUGUGAAUAUCCAACAAGGACUAACAAACUGCUAGAAUAAUUUAAUACUCGAACCCAGCAAACCAAGAAAAACGGUGGUGGAAUUAAGGAAAUAUUUUUUUUCGUGUGUGUGCUCAAUCAAGAACUUGAAAAAUAACGUUACUUGUCUCUCUGUUCAAUCGUUUGUAUUCGUUUAUUUUUGAACAAUAUUUUCUAGUUUAUUUAACUAAAGUAGUCGUGUUUUCAAAACUCAGUUCGUAACGGUUUGUGCUAGAGAAAACAUAACGACGGAUUAUUUUACGGAAAAAUUUUUACGGAAAUUAAAAUAAAAACACACACGCGCGAGUUUAUAGAAAAUCCUUUAAAGGCAAAACUAAUAAGAAAAUAAAUUAAAGAAAACUAAAUUUAAAACGAUAGAAAGCUAAAUAUAAAAUACAAAAAGAUCUCACUAACUAAAAGAAAGAAACUUCUAAUAAGAAAUAACUGUAAAAAAUUUUAAAAUAAAUUCAAUUUAAAAAGAAAUAUAAAUAAAUUUAAAAUUAAAUAAAAAUAAAUUUAAAAAUUCUUAAAAAAGAAAUAAAAAAAAAUCCUUUAAAAAGGAUUGAAUUUCAAAAUAAAGUUGUGUCAAUUUUGCUCAAUCAAUUGAAAGUGUAUUUGAUAAAAAAAGUAUUAAAAUAUAUAUGAGUCCUUACAGAGUGUAAAAGAAAAAAAUUACAGUGCAUAUUUUGUUUUUUAUAUUUAAUUGUUAUUGUAUGUUGUGUGAUUUAAAAAUAUGGGCUCAAUGAAAUUAUCCAAUAAAUCGGCCACAUUUAAUGUGUUGGCUAAACAAAUCGUUUUGUUGUUGCUGUUGAAUUUUGUGGAUUAUGCUUAUUCAGAUUAUGAAAAUACUUGGAAUUUAUAUUACGAACAACCUUGUUGUAUGGGUGGUAACAAUCAGCAUCAUAUAAGACAUCAUAAAGAUCAUGUCAAAGAUUUCAGCUGUGGUCCAUUACACUAUAAAACAUUUUAUUUCGAUGAAAAUAAUAAUGCUUUAUAUGUGGGUGCCAUGGAUCGUAUAUUUCGUUUAAAUCUACACAAUAUAAGUCAAUCAAUAUGUGAGCGUGAUGUACUCAUACUCGAGCCAUCGGGUUCAGAUAUUUUAAGCUGUGUAUCCAAGGGAAAACAUGAGAAGGUGGAAUGCCGUAAUCACAUACGUGUUAUACAACCUAUGGACUCUGGAACACGUCUUUAUGUUUGCGGUACAAACGCCCACAAUCCCAAAGACUACGUGAUAAAUGCAAACUUAACACAUUUACCCAGAUCUGAGUACGUGCCCGGCAUCGGCUUAGGCAUUGGUAAAUGUCCUUAUGAUCCUGCUGAUAAUUCAACGGCGGUUUAUGUAGAGAAGGGCAAUCCCUUUGGCUUGCCGGCAUUGUAUUCUGGCACAAAUGCCGAAUUCACCAAAGCUGAUUCAGUUAUUUUCCGUUCAGAUUUAUACAACAUGACUUCCGGCCGCAAGGAGCAUAAUUUUAAACGAACUGUUAAAUAUGAUUCCAAAUGGUUGGACAAACCCAACUUUGUAGGCUCCUUUGACAUUGGAGACUAUGUGUAUUUCUUCUUUCGCGAACAUGCUGUAGAAUAUAUAAAUUGUGGCAAAGCCAUUUAUUCGCGUAUUGCACGUGUGUGUAAAAAUGAUCGCGGUGGCAAAUAUAUGACCGGACAAAAUUGGGCAACAUAUUUAAAGGCACGCAUCAAUUGCAGUAUAUCAAGUGAAUUUCCCUUCUAUUUCAAUGAAAUACAAUCAGUCUAUAAGAUGCCACACGAUGAUACAAAAUUCUAUGCAACUUUCACAACAAACACCCACGGCAUAGUGGGCUCAGCUGUCUGUAGUUACGAUAUACGCGACAUAAAUGCCGCUUUUGAAGGUAAAUUUAAAGAACAAGCCACAUCCAACUCAGCUUGGCUGCCGGUUUUAAAUUCUAAAGUUCCUGAACCACGUCCCGGUACUUGUGUAAAUGAUACAUCUGCUUUGCCCGAUAUGGUGUUGAAUUUUAUACGUAAACAUCCCUUAAUGGAUAAAGCUAUCGAUCAUGAAUUUGGCAAUCCAGUAUUUUAUAAACGUGAUAUUAUCUUGACCAAAUUGGUUGUGGACAAAAUACGCAUUGACAAACUAAAUCAAGAAUAUUUAGUGUAUUUUAUUGGCACUGCCGCUGGUAAUAUUUAUAAAAUCGUACAAUUCAUACGUUAUGGUCGACGUCAUUCGAAUCUUUUGGAUAUCUUAGAAGUAUCGAACAAUGAGCCAAUACGUGAAAUGGGCAUAAGUCAAAAGACCGGUUCAUUGUAUUUGGCUACAGAUCAUGUGGUAAAACAAAUCGAUUUGGCAAUGUGUGUAAGACGUUAUGAUUCGUGUUUCCGUUGUGUCGCCGAUCCCUAUUGCGGUUGGGAUAAAGAUGCUGGCACUUGCAAGCCAUAUCAAUUGGGUUUACUGCAGGAUGUUGCCAACGAAACAUCCGGCAUUUGUGAUACCAGUGUUUUAAAGAAACGUAUUACAGCUUCAUAUGGCCAAACAUUACAUUUGUCAUGUUUUGUUAAAGUUCCAGAAGUUCUAAAACAAAAAACAGUUAGAUGGUAUCAUCAUUCAACAGAAAAAGGACGUUAUGAAAUUGGCUAUACGCCCUCGAAAUACAUUGAAACAUCUGAGGGUGGUCUCGUUAUUAUUUCAAUUAAUGAAGGCGAUGGUGGACGCUACGACAGUUAUCUAGAUGGUACGCUGCUGUGCAGUUACAGUGUAAAUGUGGAUGCCCACAGAUGUACACCACCAUCGAAGAAAAACGAUUAUCAGAAAAUUUACUCACAUUGGUGUAAUGAAUUUGAAAAAUAUAAAUCAGCCAUGAAGCAGUGGCAAGCCAAACAAGAGCAAUGUGGUAUGAAAGAGAAAACAGCUGGAAAACAUAUAAAUGAUGUCUAUAGUAAUGAUAACAUAGUCUGACCAAAUGACAAACAAAACAAUUACUAAAGACUGAAAUUUUUAAGCUUUUAAACGACAAUAUUUCCAGUAUAUAUUUUUUCUUUUUCAAUUCGGUUAAAAUAUAAUUUUGCAGAAAUAUAAAAAAAAGAAAAUUACAAAUUAUAAUUCUCAAAAUUUUGGUUCAAUAUAUUACUAAAGACAACCACAGCAGCAGCAAGGAAAGCAGCAGUAGUGAAAAAAUAAACAAAAUUGAGUGAAUAUGGAAAAACUGUUACAAGGAUUUUAAAACAUAAUUUGCAAAAAACACGAAAAAAACAAAUAUAUAACUUUUUUUUAAUCUAACAAAAUAACAGGUUAAGGUUUUUUCUUUUUGCAUUUAUUAAGGAUUUUGGCAACAGAAACAUACACAACAAAAUUGUUUAUACUGAAAAAAGAACAAACAAAGAAACAGUUAAAUACACCCACAAACUACAAGUUACAGUAAAGUUACUAAAUGAAUGAAAAACUCCUGCCACAGACA